CUUAAAAAUGGAUUUAAAAAUGGAUUCUACGAUUACUUUGAAUGAUGGAAAUAAAAUUCCGAUGAUAGGAUAUAGGCAUUUCGACACAGCAGCUAUUUAUGGUAACGAAAAAGAUGUUGGAAUUGCUAUUGCAAAUAGUGGAAUCCCUCGAGAAGAGAUUUUUAUAACCACAAAAGUUUGGAAUACUGAUCAGGGCUAUGAGUCGACUCUUAAAGCUGCAGAAAAAUCAUUGGAAAAUCUUCAAACUGAUUAUAUUGAUUUGCUAAUUUUGCAUUCUCCUUUGCCCGGUCCUAAAAAACGAGCGGAAAGUUAUAAAGCAUUACAGGAAUUGGUUAAGCGAAAAUUAGUAAAAAGUAUUGGAGUUUCGAAUUAUGGAGUAAAACAUUUGAAAGAAUUAUUAGAUAGUAAUCCAGAGAUUAAACCUACAUUAAAUCAGAUUGAGAUUCAUCCAUGGUUAACUCGAAGUGAUAUUGUAUCCUUUUGCAAUGAGCACAAUAUUGUUGUUGAAGCUUAUUGUCCACUUACCAGAGGACAAAAACUCAAUGAUCCUACUCUUGUUCGCAUUGCUAAGGAAUACGGAAAAACACCAGCACAAAUUUUGGUUCGAUGGGGCCUUCAACAUAAUUUUGUGACAUUACCAAAAAGUGUCAAUAAGGAACGUAUCAUUGAGAAUGCAAAUGUUUACGAUUUUGAAAUCAAGAAAGAGGAUAUGGAAACCCUUGAUAGUCUGGAUGAAUACCUUGUUGUUUCCUGGGACCCUACUGUAGCUGAUUGA